AGAGAUAGAAUGAUUAAAACUUCACUUUUAAAAGUUUUGUUUUGGUUUCGGUAUCGAAUUCAGUAUUUCUUACCAUUUUCCAGUGUCCCAACUACCUUCUAGACUUUCGAAAUUAGAACAAAUAUUUGAAAGCUCCCAGUCUCCAACCUUAGGUUGCCGUCGUUUGGUUAAACCUCGGUGGCCGUCGGCCGGUCCUCCUCCCGCUUACCACCGCGAUGUUACUGAAGAGCCUCAGUCGCCUCCAUAACCUUCCUCUCGCCUCUCUCUUUUCCCCAACUCUCUCUCCAAAAUCCUCUCCCCACUUUCUCUCUUUCUCAGCUCGGCUUUCCCAUUCCACCACCCCGAAUCGUUCCCCACCCCACCUUAUUUCCGCUUCCAACGCCACCGCCAAGACAUCAAUCUCCGAUUCCGCUAGAUUUGCCCGCACGGUUCUGUUUGUUCCUCCUGGAGUCGACGCCGAUGACGUAUCCGAAGAAAUGAUCCUUCCAGGCUCCAACAUUGUGCUCGGCCCUUAUGCCGGCGACUCUCGUGUCAAGGAGGUUGAAUUCGUCAAAAGCAGCGCUCGGGCUAGGGAUUGCCCUAAAGAUAACAAACCUGAAUUUGCGAUUCUUGGUCGUUCCAAUGUCGGUAAAUCUUCCCUUAUUAAUGCCCUUGUUCGCAAAAAGGAAGUUGCUCUUACAUCCAAGAAGCCAGGGAGGACGCAGCUGAUUAAUCACUUCUUGGUGAAUAAAAGCUGGUACAUAGUGGACUUACCAGGCUAUGGUUUUGCCAAAGCCUCGGAAACUGCUCGAAUGGAUUGGUCCUCAUUCACAAAAGGGUAUUUUAUAAACCGAGAUACUUUAGUAGCUGUGCUGCUUCUUGUUGAUGCAAGUGUUCCACCUCAAAAAAUAGACUUAGAUUGUGCCAAUUGGCUUGGCCGCAACAAUAUACCGAUGACCUUUGUUUUCACGAAAUGUGACAAAAUGAAGGUGAGCAAAGGAAAAAGACCCGACGAGAACAUCAAGGAGUUUCUACAACUUAUCAGACAGAAUUACAAGGUACAUCCUUCUUGGAUCAUGACUAGUAGUGUCACAGGUUUAGGUCGGGAUGAAUUACUUCUACACAUGUCACAACUGAGGAAUUACUGGGAUCAAUAACUAAUGAUCUUGAGCCUCGUUUGGUUGAAAAAAACUGGCUAUCCAUAUCGUCUAGGAUAUUGCAAUCAAAAGUUAGAAAUUCAUUUGGCUAUUUUUGUUACUAAUUUAAUGUACAUGUUCGUUGGAAGCUCCCAGAGAAAGAUUAAAAUGUGUAAAUUGUUCUUUGAAAAAAAAAAUGAAGAAAAAAGAAAAGAAGAAAAGAAAAGAAAGAAAGACCAGGUUUAAUCAGGUGGAUUUGUAAAUUGAUGAAGUGUGCUUAGGCACAUAAUACUACAUUGGGGGAAACGACAUCCAUAGAAGCUUAAUAA